AUGUUAGCCUCAGCUAGCUUAGGUUGUAGAAGACCAACAUGUUGCAAUGUUCAUCAACAAACAAGAAACGGUUUCAUGGCUAAAACACAGAACAACAAUGAGAUAUUGAUGAUGGUGGAUUGGAGAGGAAAACAAUGUAACAGUAAGAAAAGUAAUAGGGUAGUGAAAUGCAGUGGUGGAGUUGGGUUAGGAGAUUUCAUUGGAGGAGAUUUGGUUAAACUUGAUAUUGGACGUUGGCUUUCUGAUGUUGAAGAACAUAAAGCACUUGCAAUAUAUACUCCUCAUGAAGGUGGAUAUGAAGGACGUUACUUGUCACGUCUUCAACGUCAAGGUUACUAUUUUCUUGACCUUACAGCUCGUGGUCUAGGUGAUCCUGAAACCACUCUCACCAAGAUUCAUCCUGUUUGUCCUGCUCAUUUAGGAAAGCAACCGAUAGCAAGGUGGUAUUUUCCGCCGGAAGUUGAUUACAGAUUGGAAGCAUUACCACCAAAUGCCAAAGGAUUGGUGGUGUGGAUCAUUGAAGCCAAGGUUCUCUCCAAGGCAGAAUUGCAGUUCCUUGCUCUGCUGCCUACACUAAGGCCUAAUGUGAGGGUCAUUGCUGAAUGUGGAAAUUGGAGAAAGUUUAUGUGGAAGCCACUAAGUGAAAUUGCUGGACUAACCACUAGUCAAGAAGCUUGA